AUGGCAAUCCGGAUUGUAGAGAGAGAUGACGGAGGGCGGCUUCACUAUAUUGACAUUAUCGAUGACGAGGUACGAGUUUCUUUACUUCUCCUGCUCUCGGGUCUAAGCCCGGUAAAGAUAACAGUAAAGGCGGAUUCUGGUGGCAGCAAGCCGCUGCCAUUCGCCGCAAUACUCUCAAAGGUCUUUUUGCCCGCUGGAUACCCCGACAGUGUCACUCCUGUUGUUUGCAGGUAUCAAGUGUUCAAUGCGCUUCAAGCGUUUUGCAGCUCGCUCGCCAGUUUACUGUCAUCCAGAGCGGUGUUGGAGGGUUUUGGCGUUGGAGACCCAUCAGCUUCCGCUACGAAUGCUCUCCUUCUCAGUGUCGUUCUGGACUUCUUCAGUCGAAUGACCACCAUUGUAUCUGCCUAUUUUAUCGGUACCUCCUUGGUUCCCGAAUCAAAGACCUACCGAUUCCUCGCGGACAUUCUGAAUGAUGGUGCAAUCGUCUUGGAGACCCUGAUACCUAUCUUCGUAGCAGCCUCGAAACAUGGUCUGCCCUCACUACGCGUUCCAGCUCUAUGUUUAAGCGCGUCACUUCGGUCCUUGUGUGGAGUAGCUGCGGGAGGCUCCAAAGCCGCUAUCAGCCUUCACUUUGCCACUCCUGUAAGCGGCAAAGGUGACCUGGGAGAUUUGAAUGCUAAGGACGCGAGCAAAGAAACUGUUUUGGCCCUUAUGGGUAUGCUGAUCGGCACUUUGAUAGUCCCUCACAUUACGACGCCUACGUCAACGUAUACGAUGCUCUUCACUUUGGUCUCCCUACAUCUCGCACUCAAUUAUUACGGCGUUCGGGGACUUGCGCUUAGGACCUUGAACCGUCAAAGAGCUAGCUUCUUGUGGUCUACGUUCCGGCAGACCAAGAAUGUCCCGUCUCCUACAGAAGUCUCGAAAAACGAAGACAUCUUUGCGAACUCAAGUAUUUUGAAGGAUGUCACGACUGAACGGGUUUUGGGAUCAUGCACAUUUGCGUCCAAUGGCUUCGGACACAUUCUCGCGACCGGUCAUGGAAUUCCGCCCUUCGAUCUUUUCAAAACUGAGCAGUAUGUCCUAUGGUUCGAUCGUACCUGCACAAGCAACUCGGGUAAAGAACUGAGGGGCAGUGUUCUGCACAUGUACAUUGUUUUGAAGAAGGGACAUGGGGCUUUGGAUCAUUUGAAGGCGUGGGUCCACGCAUAUGAAGUAGGGAAGCUUCUGGCAGAAUAUCCAGAAACCACAGAUCCGACCACGGCGCUCUGUGUGUCCUACGCCAGCGUAGUGGAACAUUUACCGUUAUUUCUGACGGAACUAGCUGAAAAGACGUGGAUAGUGGAAGAGGGUGGCUUGGUGACAACCUUGCCUCGAAAGUUAUUGGUAGAGGCAGAUGUUACUUUCGAUGGAGAGCGUCGGAAAGACCAAUAA